CGACGGAGCCCUACUCAAGUACUAUCCAAGUCACCUCCGGGUCCUCCACGAUUACCCAUAAUCGGAAACAUUCAUCUAGUCGGAAAGAACCCACACCACUCAUUCACGGACCUCUCAAAAACAUAUGGACCAGUCAUGAGUCUUAAGCUUGGAUAUUUAAACUCAGUGGUCAUAACUUCACGAGAUGCUGCGAGAGAAGUACUAAAAGCACACGAUCAAAUCUUGUCUGGACGGUACAUAACUCAAGCGACCAAAUCCAACAAUCAUCAUGAGUUUUCCGUUGGCUGGAUACAUCCGUCGUCACCUCGUUUCAGAAAGUUGAGGAAAUGACGUUUACUCAGCUGUUCUCACCGCAGCGUAUCGAGGCUACUAAAGCUCUGAGAAUGAAGAAGGUGCAAGAACUUGUCAACUUUUUGAGUGAAAGCAGUGAGAGAGGAGAAGCUGUUGACAUUUCUCGUGCAUCUUUCGUCACAGCUCUCAAUAUCAUAUCGAAUAUUUUGUUUUCAGUCAAUCUCGGUAGCUACGAUUCGAAAAAUUCAAGUGCGUUUCAGGAGAUGGUGAUUGGUUACAUGGAAUCUAUCGGAAAUCCAGACGUUUCUAACUUCUUCCCAUUUAUGAGGUUACUUGACUUACAAGGUAAUAGUAAGAAGAUGAAAGAGUACUCGGGUAAAUUGCUUCAGGUAUUUAGAGAGUUUUACGAUGCUAGGAUUUUGGAAAACUCAUCGCGUAUAGAUGAGAAAGAUGUUUCGAGCAGAGACUUCUUGGAUGCACUAAUCGAUCUCCAACAAGGAGAUGAAUCUGAAAUCAACAUUGACGAGAUCGAACACCUACUUCUCGAUAUGUUUCUAGCAGGCACAGAUACAAACUCUAGUACCGUGGAAUGGGCAAUGACAGAGUUACUUGGAAACCCUAAAACGAUGACAAAAGUUCAAGACGAGAUCAAUCGUGUGAUAAGGCAAAACGGCGACGUUCAAGAGUCUCAUAUCUCAAAACUGCCGUAUUUACAAGCGGUCAUAAAAGAAACUUUCCGAUUACACCCGGCUGCUCCAUUUCUCCUCCCAAGAAAAGCGGAAAGGGACGUAGAUAUUCUUGGAUUCCAUGUGCCUAAAGACUCUCAUGUUCUUGUGAACGUGUGGGCCAUAGGACGAGACCCAAAUGUAUGGGAAAAUCCGACUCAGUUUGAGCCAGAGAGGUUUUUAGGGAAAGAUAUUGAUGUAAAAGGUACAAAUUAUGAGCUUACACCAUUUGGGGCCGGGCGUAGAAUUUGUCCGGGACUGCCUUUAGCUUUGAAAACAGUGCAUCUCAUGCUUGCUUCUCUUCUCUAUACCUUUGAGUGGAAGCUUCCAAACGGUGUCGGUUCAGAGGAUUUAGACAUGGGAGAGACCUUUGGUCUCACAGUGCACAAGACAAACCCGUUACUUGCGUGCCUCUGAAGAAACGCGUCAUAUAUUAAUAUUUAUAAAUAUAAUAAUUUCACAAACGUAUGAAUAAUCACCCUAUGACAUGAAGGGACUGUUUUUUGUAUUUUC